CUCGGCCAAUCACCUACAAGUCUGUUUCUCUCCGAGACAGUGUCUCUUUCAUAGAGAGAGAAAAGAGAAGAGUUGUUUGGGAAUUUAUAUGGUUAUGUUAAAAGAGGAAGUCAGGAAUGGGCUGAAGAGAGAGAAAUUUUAAAAAGACAAACAGAGAAGCUUAUUGUCUACGGCAAAGAAAAGAGUGGACUGGACUGCCCAAAUGGCGAGCUAGGGUUUCGAAAUUAGCAUCGCUUCUUCUUCUUCAAUGAGUUCCAUUCUGCCAUAGAUCAAGAGCUCUCAUAAGUAGUACAACUAGACGACGCAGUUUUUUUCUCGCGGACUUUCCGCUGUAAAUAUGUUGGACUAUCAAUGGGGAAACCCAGAGACAAUUAUGUUAACUGGAGAUGAACCCACUCAAGAACCAAGCCAAACCCACUUCACCUCUCAACAAUCCUUCACUGACAACAACUUCUUUCCUCAACCGCCUUCUAACAACACCUUCUACCACCAUCAACAUCCCCAUAAUGCUCCUUCACUCUUUGAUCCACGCGCAUAUGGCGGCGCGUCCCCCUACGCUCCCUCACACCACCCCAGUAUGCUUUCCAUGGACCAGGUGUCUAGUGGAGGUGGAGGCGGUUACUUUGUUUUCCCCAAAAGUGAAGAAGUUUCUCGACCAAUCGAUUUUGCUUCGAGGAUUGGGUUGAACUUGGGUGGAAGAACUUACUUCUCUUCAGCUGAUGAUGAUUUUGUGAACCGGCUUUACCGUAGGUCCAGGCCAGGCGAACCCGGUCUUUCUAACUCGCCCAGGUGCCAAGCCCAGGGCUGUAAUGCCGAUCUGACCCAGGCUAAGCAUUACCACCGUCGUCACAAGGUCUGCGAGUUCCACUCCAAGGCCUCCACCGUGAUUGCUGCUGGGUUGACUCAGCGUUUCUGCCAACAAUGUAGCAGAUUCCAUCUUCUCUCGGAGUUCGAUAAUGGAAAACGCAGCUGUAGAAAGAGAUUGGCAGAUCACAAUCGUAGAAGGCGGAAAUCUCAGCAACAACAACAACAACCAGAAGGUCAAAAGCCACAGCUGCUUGAAACUGCAGCUUGCAAUUCGUCUGAGAAUCUUGCAAGGUCCCCUCCAGAUUCAGGAGUUCAUUCGUCAUCAUCGGUCAUAGUUGCUGUAUCACCGCCACGAAUGGCAUUGGAUUGUUUCAAGCAAAGACCUUGCCAAGCAAAUGCAGUUUCUUCAUCUUCAGCUUCACAAAGUUCACUUUUUUUCUCUACUGGAUAAUAAACGUCACUGAUGAAAGGUCCAGGGAAUUAGCUAGCUUAUCAGUCAAUAACAUAGUUAUGAACUGUCUGCUUUCUUCUUCUUCCUCUUCUUACCAGCAAUAUAAAGUACAUUAAUGACCUAUGGAAGGACUGUCCUUUCUUUUUUAUUUUUUCCCCGGAAAAUAUAUAAAUUGUCAAUAGUUUCUGUCUUUA